AUGCAUCCAUGUCGGGACCUCCACCUCCACCUCGCCGUCUCGGCAACGGCGGUGCUCUUCUUCUCCGCCUCCGUCAUCCUCUCGGCCGUCCCUGCAGCCAGAGCCCAGCAGGAAACCGAGCACGAGGAAGAGUUCAGCUACUCGCCGGACGCGGAGAACGGGCCGGCGCACUGGGGCCAGAUCAAGGCGGAGUGGUCGGCGUGUGGCAACGGGGAGAUGCAGUCGCCCAUCGACCUCGCCGGGCCGCGUGUGACCCUGGUGCGCCGCCUCGGCCACCUCAACCACUCCUACGCCCCCGCUAACGCAUCCGUCGUCAACCGCGGCCACGACAUCAUGGUGCGGUUCGAGGGCGACGCCGGGAGCGUGUCCAUCGACGGCACGGCGUACCACCUCCGGCAGCUGCACUGGCACGCGCCCACGGAGCACAGCGUCAACGGCCGCCGGUACGACAUGGAGCUCCACAUGGUGCACCAGAGCGCCAAGAACAAGACCGCCGUCAUCGGCGUCUUCUACGAGAUCGGUGCCCGCGACGCCUUCCUGCACAAGCUGGAGCCAUACCUGGAGAUGAUCGCCAAGCAGCCGGAGAGGGAGGAGAAGGUGGGCGUGGUGGACGCCAGGGGUGCCAGGGGGAGGGCCAGCGUGUACUACCGCUACGUGGGCUCCCUCACCACCCCGCCAUGCACCCAAGGGGUCAUCUGGACCAUCGUCAAGCGGGUUCGUACCGUGUCGCGGCAUCAGCUGGAGCUUCUCCGAGAGGCUGUCCACGACGAAAUGGAGAAGAACGCGAGGCCGCGUCAGGAGGUGAACAACAGAGACAUCAACAUGUUCUGGCCUAUCCAGCAGAAUAAGCACUGA